AUGGCGGGCGCUGACUCCCUCCGUGGAAGAGAUUGGAUUCACUUUGGCCUGCGAAUCCUCUUCUGCGCGUCUGCCAUCGCCCUUCUCGCCGUCACAGCCCGCCUGGCAACAACAGGCUGGGGAGAGGACCGCCCGAUUGUGCUUCCCAUCACUCUAGCCACCGCUUCUCUGGCAACCGUCACAGACCUGCUCGCUCUGUUCUUGCUUUUCCGGUAUAUCGGCUUCAUCACGGCGACGGCCAUCCUUGACAUCCUUGUCCUCAUCCUCUGUGGUAUCGGGGCGGCCUCCCUCGCAAUGAGGGACUUUGCCUUUUACUGGGGUCUUGUCUAUCAUGAGUACCCGUCAGUUGCGGAGCAGGCAGAGGUUAUCGUCUUUGCUUUGAAUAUUCUUGUUGCAUGGGAGCGGAUCAUGUCGAUUGUUUUGUGCUCUGUUUCUCGCAGGGGGCGAUUGGUGGAUGUGGACGCUAAGGAGGUGCAGGCGCAGAGCAGUUAG